UAGUAAUUCCUCAAGUGACUGAAACACCUGAAGCGUAAGGUUACUUGGCUGCAUCGCAUUGUUUUGACGAGGUCACGGGGAUUUGGUAUUGUAAUUCAUGAAACUACAUAUGUUUUGUGAGUUGAAAGCUGAUAUAAUCUGGGAUACUACCAGCUGAAUAUUCCAGUCUCUGCCUAUAGAACUGGAAUGCACGGUCCAGUGUAUACCAGUAGCCCUGGCAUGCACGGUCCAGUGUAUACCAGUAGCCCUGGCAUGCACGGGCCAGUGUAUACCAGUAGCCCUGGCAUGCACGGUCCAGUGUAUACCAGUAGCCCUGGCAUGCACGGGCCAGUGUAUACCAGUAGCCCUGGCAUGCACGGUCCAGUGUAUACCAGUAGCCCUGGCAUGCACGGUCCAGUGUAUACCAGUAGCUCUGGCAUGCACGGGCCAGUGUAUACCAGUAGCUCUGGCAUGCACGGGCCAGUGUAUACCAGUAGCUCUGGCAUGCACGGGCCAGUGUAUACCAGUAGCUCUGGCAUGCACGGUCCAGUGUAUACCAGUAGCCCUGGCAUGCACGGGCCAGUGUAUACCAGUAGCCCUGGCAUGCACGGUCCAGUGUAUACCAGUAGCCCUGGCAUGCACGGUCCAGUGUAUACCAGUAGCCCUGGCAUGCACGGGCCAGUGUAUACCAGUAGCCCUGGCAUGCACGGGCCAGUGUAUACCAGUAGCUCUGACAUGCACGGUCCAGUGUAUACCAUUAGCUCUGGCAUGCACGGUCCAGUGUAUACCAGUAGCUCUGGCAUGCACGGGCCAGUGUAUACCAGUAGCUCUGGCAUGCACGGGCCAGUGUAUACCAGUAGCUCUGGCAUGCAUGGUCCAGUGUAUACCAGUAGCUCUGGCAUGCACAGGCCAGUGUAUACCAGUAGCUCUGACAUGCACGGUCCAGUGUAUACCAUUAGCUCUGGCAUGCACGGGCCAGUGUAUACCAGUAGCUCUGACAUGCACGGUCCAGUGUAUACCAUUAGCUGUGGCAUGCACGGGCCAGUGUAUACCAGUAGCUCUGGCAUGCACGGUCCAGUGUAUACCAUUAGCUCUGGCAUGCACGGUCCAGUGUAUACCAGUAGCUCUGGCAUGCACGGGCCAGUGUAUACCAGUAGCUCUGGCAUGCACGGGCCAGUGUAUACCAGUAGCUCUGGAAUGGAAAGAAUGGUCCAGUUUCUACCAGUAGUGCUGGAAUGGACACCAGAUAAAUUAUCCUUGAAGUUGGCUGGAAAUCUGUCAAAUAUGCAGCAACUAUGAAACAAAAGAUUUUAAUCAACUGCAAGGAUAGUUUCUUGGUUCUGAGGUAGAUUCAUUGGAGAUUGUUAUUUCUGAGUGAGGUAUUUGGCUGCAAUCUGGAAAUUAAAUCUUAAACCUAGUUUGGAAGAAUACAAGAUCGUAAAGGAUUUCGGCUUCUCCAGUAAAGCACAGGGUGACUCAUGAAGAUUCAUCCUUACCCACCUUAAUCAGUGAACAUCUUCGCACAUGUCAAAACCCAGUAGCAGUGUUUGAAAGAAUUCAGCACGUUUUUCAGCUAACUGUACGUAGUGAACCAUUUGUCAGCUGUUGGCACUUUGAUGAAAUGAAAAUGUAUGCAAAAAAGAAUGAGGACUGGCUAUCGGUAAUUGAACCAAGGAAACCAGUAAACAAACGGAGGGAAGUAGAAGUAUGGAAGCAAGAAAAGAGCAGUGAAAAGUGUUGGCGAGUGCCACAAACAAGACAAGCUUAUAUAUUUUCCACCAAGUUCUAGUGUAGAAGCAUGCUCUAUAAGGAGAAAAGCAAUACUAGAUGAUGGUUCUCAGCCCUUUUGUUUCCUGUCGGGAAGGACAAUUCUAACUGUUGCAGGUUACAGUUCUCCAUUUCUGCUAUAGAGCAGUAGAUGAAGGAACCUGUUGUCCUGUCACUAUCAGGUAGAGAUGGACAGUUUCAGGGGCCCAGUGUUGGAAUGAGUAGACUGGAUGAACGACUCGGUUUGUUUGCUGUAAGAAAAGCAUGAGAUAGUGGAUUUUUCAAGACAAAUGCUGCCCUCUUAAGGUUUCUCUAACUAAUACUUCAAAGCAAGAUAAGAGCAUCUGGUUCUGGUGCAUACGGUUCCUGCUGGUCUUACAAUCUUUGACACAACAUGACUGGAGUCUCCAAACAUCGCUGGAAAAUGAUUAGCCAUCUUUGCCUUUCAUCAGGAAAGCCUGACCAGUUGCCAGAUUGCUGCUACAGGUCUCCCAAGUCAAAGUGCAUUCAGCAGGAUCUAACAUAAAGGGC